CGCAUCCGGGCGGCCGCGUGCAGCGUGGUUCAGUCUACAGUAACUGAACCGGACUGAGGGGAAGAGGAAGCAAACCGGCGAGACAGAGGGAGAGAUGGGUGACAAUGAGAAGAGAAGGAAGGAUGAAAACGCCAACAACGAUGACAAAGUUACCCUGAAAAAGGAAAUCGGACUCCUGAGCGCGUGCGCUAUCAUCAUCGGGAACAUCAUCGGCUCAGGGAUCUUCAUCUCGCCUAAAGGAGUGCUGGAGCAUGCAGGCUCUGUGGGACUGUCACUCAUCGUCUGGGUUUGUGGAGGAGGGAUCUGUGCUCUCGGCUCAUUGUGUUACGCUGAACUGGGCGUCACAAUCCCAAAAUCUGGAGGAGACUAUUCUUAUGUGACGGAGAUCUUUGGAGGGCUUGUAGGCUUCCUGUUGUUAUGGAGCGCUGUUCUCAUCAUGUAUCCAACUACGCUGGCUGUCAUUGCCCUCACCUUCUCCAACUACGUCUUGCAGCCAGCCUUCCAGAACUGCUUGCCUCCAUUCAUCGCCACCAGGCUGCUCGCCACCAUCUGCGUCUUGUUCCUGACCUGGGUGAACUGCUCCAGUGUUCGCUGGGCAACAAGGAUUCAGGAUAUUUUCACUGUAGGGAAGCUUCUGGCUCUAGCGCUCAUCAUCGUGGUCGGACUGGUGCAGAUCUUCAAAGGUAAACACAGAUUUAUGGAACAGAGUGACGGGAAUACUAAAGUUUGCUUUACUAAAGUUAAAAGAUCGUCCUUCCUCCGUCUCCCCCCAGGUCACUACGAUGCCCUGGUGCCCAGCGCAGCCUUUGAGUUCAGUCAGGAUCCCUCGUUUGGACAGAUAGCCCUGGCCUUCCUACAAGCCUCCUUUGCCUACAGUGGCUGGAAUUUUCUCAACUACGUCACAGAGGAGGUCGUGGAGCCGCGCAAGAACCUGCCCCUUGCCAUCUACAUCUCUAUCCCACUGGUGACGCUGGUCUACACCUUGACCAACAUCGCCUACUUCACCUCCAUGACUCCAGAGGAGCUGCUCACCUCUAACGCUGUAGCAGUGACGUUUGGAGAAAAGCUGCUGGGCAUGUUUUCCUGGGUGAUGCCCAUCUCUGUAGCUCUGUCCACCUUCGGAGGAAUCAAUGGAUAUUUGUUCACUUCUUCCAGAUUAUGCUUCUCUGGAGCCAGAGAAGGUCAUCUGCCAUACCUCCUGGCUAUGAUCCAUCUGAAAAACUGCACACCAAUCCCUGCUCUGCUCGUCUGUUGCCUUGCCACGAUACUCAUCCUGUGCCUUGGAGAGACGCACAACCUGAUCAAUUACGUGUCCUUCAUCAACUAUCUGUCCUAUGGGGUAACCAUCGCUGGCCUGCUUUACCUGCGUAAAAAGAGACCCAACCUGGCCAGACCCAUUAAGGUAAACCUGUUGGUCCCCAUCACCUACCUGAUUUUCUGGGCCGUGUUGCUGGGCUGCAGUUUGUACUCUGAGCCGGUGGUGUGUGGCCUGGGGAUGGUCAUCAUGCUGACUGGUGUCCCCGUUUACUUUGUGGGAGUUCAGUGGAAGGAAAAACCCAAAUGGAUUUACAUCCUGCUUGAAAGGGUGACGUACCUGGGCCAGAAGCUGUGUUAUGUUGUGUUUCCACAGGAAGACUCCUCAGAGACUGAACCCCUCACUGCCAAAGCCGUCGACUGAGCAGUGAAGGCAAACAGGGCUCUCGUUUUCUGCAUCCACAUCUGCACUUUGUUUUUUGGUGUUAGUUCGCGUUUGUUUGCUGUGUGCAUUGAGAAGAGUUGCUGUCAUAUGUUGUACAUUUUGCUGAAUGGAGCUGAGACGGAGAACAUUUCAAAGGAGAGAUACUUUUAAGACGAAUAUGCAAACAUUUCCUGCAUUUAGCCAUAUUUUUAUUGCUACUGCUGCCUCAGACCCUGUUUGACUAAUUACUCUCAUUUCUCAUUGGUCAGUUACAACUUCUCUGUCUGGUCAUUGUUUUCUGCGCUACAAAUAUCACGCUCAUUUCAUCUUCAGUCUGUUUCAACUAUUUACUGAGAGACACCAUAUGUGCCUUAUUGGGUUUUUAAAAUAUUUAUCUCUCCUAGCAAAGACGGAACAUGAGAGACAUGAGGAAGAUGUGAAGCUUUCAGGGUUGAACGUUAAUGAAUUUGUGGUUUUUCCGAAGUAGCCUUCAAAAGAUUUUUCGGACACUUUCCCGGUUUUUAAACUCUGUAAAGGUGCUCGCACAACCAAGACGUUCUCAGACUUCAGAAGUCAACCUUGUAACCAUAUAGUACUUGUAUGUAAAGCUGUUGUUGGACAGCAUUAGCAGACGGAUGCUCCGACGUACACAGGCCUACACCCACUUUCAUGCUACCUGCCAACUAACUUAAGGUACUGAUAUUUUACACUGGGACGGAUCCUAGUCGACUCGACGUACUAAAACUUACUUGAAUUCAUGUUGUCAGAUUUUUACAUCAUCCGGCCACAUGGUGGCGCUGGUGAAAUCGUUUGCAUUUGAAGAGCUGGUCUAGAUUUGAGUUAUCAAAGGCAGUUUCCUUUUCCUCUGACAUUUGGCUCCAUUUCAUCCCUGUAUAGUUUUGCAGAACAUUUCGCGGCUAGUUUACAAGCUAUUUUGCUGCAUUUCGUUGCACUUCUUUUUCCAUAUUAGGUAGUAGCUCUCCAUUGCACUGGGCUACUCCAUUUUUUUAUAAUCUCACUACAAUCUGACUUAUUUUUUUUUAGGGGAACUGGCUCUGAUAACUUGUCAAACUUCCACAAUGUUCAAACUGUCCUUUUAAACUCUUUGGAGAUCUUAGUGCCAUUACUACUGGGUCAGUACCAUUACCUGUAAAAGUAAGGUAACUGAUUCUGCCGCUUUUUACAGCAUCUUGCAAAGACAACAGAAGAUGAAGGUUGAGGCCUCUGGUUUUGUUUAACAAGAUGUAAACCAGAGAAGUUGGUGCAGGAAUUGAACUUGUGGUGCUUUAAAAAGGCCAUAAAUACAUGUAUAAGCUGGUAACUAGGCUAUAAAGAAGGCUCUAUAAACGUAUCAACACAUCUGUCUAAUGUCCAGGCGCGGUUAUUUUUGCUAUUUGUAAAUACUGUGUGAAGAGAAACGAGCCAAGGACUCCUUCUAAGAUUACAUUCCUCAGACGUGUUGUGAUGUCUUUACACACUACCUGAUUGAUGUGUGUUGCCCCUUUUGUCUGUUAAAAAAAAACAUGUAAAGUUGUACAAUAAUAACAAUGAAACUGUUAUUAAAUAUAGCGGCUUAUAAAAGA